CGGGACAUUUUGGAAACCAGACUCCAGUGCAGAGAUUUUUGUUCACUGAAAACUGAGCUAGAAUCCCUCCAACUCUUUCACAAAAGUCUGCCCUUCCGGCAUCAGAACAAAAACCCAUACACCAUUUAAAACAGUCCAAGUUGCAUUUGGAAACAGAUUUGGAACAAGCAGUGGAAUUCUUCAAAAGGCCUAAUAAGGUUAUCACUAAAUAUAUUCUUCACCAUGUGGCAAAACGUGGUCGCUCUGGCCCUCCUGGCUACGGCAGCAUCAGCUGCCACGGCUGCUUCUGCUGACAAAGUGCUGAGUCAACACGCCACCACGCUGGCUGACAACAGUGCCAACUUGGCUCUCAGUCUUUACCAAGACAUGGUGAAGGAGAAGAAUAUAGAAAAUAUCCUUAUUUCUCCUGUGGUGGUGGCUUCCUCACUGGGUCUCGUGGCUCUUGGGGGAAAAGCCACGACGGCAUCUCAGGUCAAAACUGUUCUGAAUGCGGCCAAAGUGCCAGACGAGCAGCUGCAUUCUGGCUUGGCUGAACUCCUGACUGAGGUGAGCGACCCCAAGACGCGUAACGUCACCUGGAAGAUAAGCAACCGCCUGUAUGGACCCAGCACUGUCAACUUUGUGGACGCCUUUGUGAAGAGCAGCAAAAAGCUUUACAAUUUCGACCAAUCCAAAAUGAAUUUCAAAGAUAAGAAAAGUUCUCUCAAUGCCAUCAAUGAAUGGGCUGCGAAAUCCACUGAUGGUAAAGUCCCUGAGGUCGUAAAGGAUAUCGAAAAGACUGAUGGAGCCAUGAUAAUCAACGCUAUGUUUUUCAAACCACACUGGGAUGAGGAGUUCCAUCACAAGAUGGUUGACAACCGUGGAUUCAUGGCCUCCCACAGCUACACUGUCUCGAUAGAGAUGAUGCACCGCACAGGUUUAUAUGACUUCUAUGACGACGCAACCAAUAAGCUGUCAAUUCUGGGCAUGCCAUUGGCUCAUAAGAAGUCUAGUUUGGUCUUCAUCAUGCCCCAUCAGGUGGAAAAUUUGGACAGAGUUGAGAAGGUGUUGAACAAGAAACAGCUGGAUAUUUGGCUAAGUAAGCUACAGCAGACAGCGGUGGCUUUGUCUCUGCCCAAAGUCAGCAUGGAAGUCAGCCACAACUUGCAGAAACAUCUUGAGAAGUUAGGCCUGACAGAGGCGGGGAACAAAUCCAAAGCGGACCUGUCCAACAUGUCUGGGAAAAAAGACCUCUACUUGGCCAAUGUCUUCCAUGCGGCGACGAUUGAGCUGUCCACAGAAGGAAAUGAGAUGAACACGACCAUAUUUAGCAGUGACGAGCUCAAGUCGCCCAAACUGUUCUACGUCGACCAUCCUUUCAUCUUCUUGGUGAAGGACCAGAAGACAAACUCCAUCCUAUUUAUUGGCAGGAUGGUCAGGCCAAAGGGUGAAAAGAUGAGAGAUGAAUUAUAACCACAUCCUCACCUUUUGUGUGUGUGUGUGUGUGUGUGGGUGUGUGUGUGCAUGACUGAGGGAGAGAGUGUGUGUGAGAGAGAAUAUGUUCGUUAGUUAUAUAAGUGCAUUCCUGUCACACACUGAUACCAUUCCACAAGCAUCUGAAUAGUUAAUGUGUCUUAGUUCACAGCAUUCAUUCAGGCUGUAGCAUUUGGUUUAAUGCUGUAAAAUGACAAAC